AUGACCCAAUAUUCAACUGAAAUUCCCUAUGAACAACAGAAUCUGCACAAGGGGCACCGAUACAUCAAAAAUGGUAACAUGAUAGCACCAUGUGCCUGGUCUCUAAGUCCACUCGACCUCGACCCCCAGGAUACCCGAGAGCUGAUUGCUGUGCUCGAUAAACAAAUGGGCCGACUUGUGAUUGAGUGGGACUCUUCCUGGGUCACCAAGUCAGGAAUUGGAGUGCGAUCUCCCGAAGCCGAAGCGAUGAAACUUGUCUAUAACCAGACCGAUGUUCCGGUCCCCGAAGUCCUUUUCACCCGUUUCGAUCCAGAUGAAGGGAUUACGACUCCGAAAGACUAUUUCAAGCCCGAUUUCCGACCACCGGAAGGAAUUAUUGGGAUGACUAUCAUUCCCGGAAUAACCCUAGAGCGGAAAUGGGAUAGCCUAGACGACGAAGCUAAAGAAUCAGUCUGCCUUCAACUCUGGGAUCUGAUCUCGAAGAUCCGAACGAUCGCCCGCCCACAAGAGCUCGAAGGGCUUUAUCAGUGUGCUGCAGAUGGCUCUCCAUCCCGGGACGCGAUGCUGGAAGAUCUACAAGACCCCCCUCGACCACUUUCAAGCGACUCCGACCUACGUUCGAGAAUCUACGAGCGAUAUCUCUAUCAUGCAGGGACUCGGUAUGAAAACCAGCUACUGGAUAUGCUACCCUGUUCGGAGCGCUCGGUGUUCACGCAUGGAGAUAUUGCGCCGCGCAAUAUCCUCGUGGACGAGCAGAACAAUGUCACCGGUCUUAUCGACUGGGAAUACGCGGGAUGGUAUCCUGAAUACUGGGAGUACGCGCAGAUUAUGCGCCCGGCGUUUUGGGGGAACUGGUCGGUUUGGAUGGACAAGACGGCGCCGCAGAGGUGGGAUCUCUCAGGAAUCAAUGCUGCCAGAAAGGUUUUGUUUUGA